AUGCUGCUCACGCUCAAGCCCUCGCAGAACGGGGUUAAAGGUCCUCAUGAGUACUCCAUCGUCCGCCAGUCCGUUCCAACCCCACGGUCUCCCCCGCCCUCCGUGCCUGACCUGCCGGCGGCCACGGCGCCUCCGAGAUCGUCUGCGGACCGCUCCAUGGACUCCUCGCGCAGUGGACUGCCGCCUCCCGCUGCCCUGACCCUACCGCCGCCGAGUGUGGGCUUCGCCAAUGUGACCGGAACUGCCAUGAACCAACCGCUUCCGCCGCCCCCGGGCCAAUGGCAAACGUCCGACGAGUCCAUGCGCCAGUGGCUCCAUGCCCGGAUUGAGGAAGACCGGAGGAAGCAAGAGGAAGAGAAGACCCGUCAGGAGACCCUGCGCCUCGAGCAGCGAAGGGUCGAGCAGAGCAUGCUUCGCGAUUCCCUCCAGGCCGGCGUUCCGCCGCAGAUGAUUCCGCUCAUCUUUGCCGGCAUCAAUCCGAGUGGCCUGCCUCCGUCGGUCCUGGAACUGACCCAACAGCAUCUAUCGCAACAACCCCCGGCCGUUCGCGGACCCGCCCCCCAAAUGCCCGUUCUACCACAUGCCCAGCGCCGGCCUCCGCAUGUCCGUCGAGACUCCCGCACCAUGCCUGCGAAUGCUUACGUCGGCCCGCCGACGCAUCACCAGACACACCAGACAGUGCCUCCUCCUGGGGUUCUGUUAUCCCAGCCGCUGCACGUUGUGGGAGCCUCUCCCACCCAGCAACCGCUUAGUCGGCCCCCGGUGGCCAAUGCCCCCGUGGAUACUCGCCUUCCUAUCGCCGCGAUCCCUCGGAUGAACCCCGGUGAGCCGCAACUGCAACCCUCACAGUCCAUCAACCUAAGCAAUGUGCACUAUGCCCCGGGAUCCUCCAUCCCAUCGACUCAGCCCCUUCCGGGGAAGUCAGAUGUUUCAGCCCGCCAAUCCCCACCGUCUCUCUACUUUCACCACUGGGUGCCUCCGGCCAGGAUCACCGACCCCUGGGGAUCAGGCAACAAUGCCAUUGAUGCGUCACAACACAGCUUCGUCGCAGCCGGGUGA